AUGUCGACGUUAGGGACACUAGGUUACUGCACUGACUCGCACAUUCCGCUCGAGAAUGAUGAUCAUCUGGCACCCAGGUUCCCAUCCGGCCCCGGACCGCAGCAGCAGACUCGCGAGGAGCUCAGUCUAUCUGAAUAUGGCGCGCAGGAGCCGUACCUUUUCCAGCCCAAAUCGGCUAUUUUUGGUGCGUCAUGGGGCCCGUUGUCCACACCAGCGCAGUCUUCCACGGGCCCCACGUCUGGAGCAUACCACCCGUAUAUACAUCACCCAUUCACGACAGGGGAAUCCGAUGGAAUGUCUGUUCGUUCAUGGGCGUUAGAGCCUCACUCCCCAUCCGUGCCUUUCGUGGGAUUAUCGACCGACAUGCAUCUAGAUAUCAAACCGGAGCCACUGGUGGCAACUGGCGAGUGUGUAUCGUUUGAGACACAUGCGUUAACAGCACCGGGUACUGACCAAAAUACAGCAACGGCUGAGAAGGCGUCAAACGGGGCUGCUUUUUCCAAGUGCACAGAGGAGAACGCAACGGAAACGAAGCAAAAGCUGGACCCCAACAACUCUUCAUCCAACUGGCUGCAUGCGAAGUCCACGCGGAAAAAGCGCUGUCCUUAUUCUAAACACCAAACGCUCGAACUGGAAAAGGAAUUCCUGUUUAACAUGUACCUCUCCCGAGAGCGUAGAUACGAGGUGGCAAGACUCCUAAAUCUCACCGAAAGACAAGUCAAAAUCUGGUUCCAAAAUCGUAGGAUGAAGAUGAAGAAAUGUAAUAAAAAACAACUGAAAUCCUGA